AUAAUAUUCUUGUUAGUAUUGAUGAAGAUUUACAAAAUGAAAAGGAUUUAACAUUAGCAAUUGGUAUUAAAGAAGAAAGUUUACGAUUUAUUUUUGAAAUAGCUAUUAAGUUUUGGAAAAAGUUAGGUGUUAUAUUUAUAUUAUAUUAUAAUGUUGCUUCUGAACUUAAAUAUGCCAAUAUUGAUAUUACAAAUAAUGAAAAACAAAUUGAAGAUCUUAUUCAAAUUUGUCAAUUUGGUAAUCAAGAAUUUAAUGAAUUUGAAGAAUUUAAUGAAUUUGAAGAAUCUAAUGAAGAAUCUGAAAAUAAAGAAUAUGACAAAUCUGAAGAUGAUAAAUCUGAAGAAGAUAAUAAAUUUAAAGAUAAUGAAUCUGAAGAAUUUGAAGAAUCUUAA